UCCAAACACAACUCUAAUACCAUUUUCACUUGAUAAAAAAUUUCACCCUAUUUUAGAAUUUUACAGUUCUUAUGUCCAAACGCCCACUUAGCCUAAGCGAAAAGUAUUGGCUGGAUUAAUUUGAAUUUCCCGGCCUAAAACUCGUUAAAAAGGGAAAGCUCCAACCAAACCGAGACAAUACUGAAAUCUGUGCAUAAACUAUUCGGAACAACGUUCAUUGUGUUGGAAUAUCUGAUGUUCUUCUGAGCAACAUGCCCAUCACUCAAUCUUCCUUGAAUCCUAUGCCAAAUGGCAAAGAAGACAUUUUUAUUUCAAAAUCUCGUUACUUGCAACCUCUUUUCACUCCCAAACUCUACACCGUUCGCAAAGAUUCUAGACUCUUGCAUCAAUUCCAAGUCCCAACAUGUCGUACGCGCUAUCCAUGGACUAAUCCUCAAGACCCAUUUCAGUUCAGAGGUCUUCAUCAACAACAAGCUAAUUGACACUUAUGGUAAAUGUGGUAAUUUGGAGUAUGCCAAGAAAGUGUUUGAUAAAAUGCCCCAAAAGAACACCUUCACUUGGAACUCAAUGAUAAAUGCUUAUACAGCAUCAAGAUUACUUGUUGAGGCCGAGGAACUCUUUUACUUAAUGCCUGAGCCUGAUCAAUGCUCAUGGAACUUGAUGGUGUCAAGUUUUGCUCAAUGUGAAUUGUUUGAUUCAUCAAUAGAGUAUUUUGCGAGAAUGCACAAAGAAGAUUUUGUUUUGAAUGAGUAUGCUUAUGGUAGUGGUUUAAGUGCUUGUGCUGGGUUAAGGGACAUGAAAAUGGGAACUCAAAUUCAUGCCUCAGUUGCUAAAUCCAAGUAUUCGAACAAUGUUUACACGGGUUCUGCGCUUAUUGAUAUGUAUGCGAAAACGGGUAAUGUGGAUUGUGCAACAAAGGUGUUUAAUGGGAUGGGUGAGUGUAAUGUGGUGUCGUGGAAUAGUUUAAUUUCUUGUUAUGAGCAAAAUGGGCCAGCAAGCGAGGCGCUUGAGAUAUUUGCUACGAUGAUGGGCUCCGGGUAUAAACCGGAUGAGAAGACUUUGGCAAGUGUAGUAAGUGCUUGUGCAAGUUUGUGUGCGAUAAGAGAAGGUAAGGAAAUUCAUGCCCGGAUUGUGAAGUCGAAUAAGCUUAGGGAUGAUCUUAUUAUAUGCAAUGCAUUGGUUGAUAUGUAUUCAAAGUUUGGGCAGAUUGAUGAAGCUAGGUGGAUUUUUGAUAAGAUGCCAGUCAGAAGCGUGGUGUCACACACCUGUUUAGUAAGUGGUUAUGCGAGAGUUGCAAGUGUGAAGACUGCAAGAGCCAUGUUUUCGGGGAUGAUUGAAAGGAAUGUUGUGUCUUGGAAUGCUCUUAUUGCUGGAUACACACAGAACGGGGACAAUGAGGAGGCACUAAAUCUUUUUCUUAUGCUAAAAAGAGAGUCUGUUUGCCCAACUCAUUAUACAUUUGGGAAUCUCCUCAAUGCAUGUGCAAAUUUAGCUGAUCUGAAGCUUGGUAGGCAGGCUCAUGCACAUAUUUUGAAGCAUGGAUUUCGUUUUCAGAAUGGACCCGAGUCUGAUGUUUUUGUGGGAAAUGCUCUCAUAGACAUGUAUAUGAAAUGUGGAUCAGUUGAAGAUGGUAGCUGUGUAUUCACAAAAUUGCUGGACAGAGACUGGGUUUCGUGGAAUGCCGUAAUAGUUGGAUAUGCACAAAAUGGGCAUGCUAUUGAAGCUCUUGAAACUUUCAAUGGUAUGUUGGUGUACGGAGAGAAGCCAGACCAUGUGACCAUGAUUGGGGUUCUUUGUGCAUGUAGUCAUGCAGGAUUGGUUGAGGAGGGGCGUCAACAUUUCUAUUCCAUGAGCACAGAGUAUGGGUUGUCCCCGCUGAAGGACCACUACACAUGCAUGGUCGAUUUACUUGGCAGGGCUGGUUGCUUAGCAGAGGCAAAGGAUUUGAUAGAAUCCAUGCCAAUGUCUCCUGAUAGUGUGGUAUGGGGGUCUUUGCUCGCUGCAUGUAAAAUUCACAGGGAAAUUGAGUUGGGAAAGUAUGUGGCUGAGAAGCUUCUGGAGAUUGAUCCUACAAAUUCUGGCCCCUAUGUUCUUCUAUCAAACAUGUAUGCUGAACAGGGGAGAUGGCAAGAUGUCAAAAUGGUCCGAAAACUUAUGAGAGAGCGUGGCGUUGUUAAACAGCCUGGUUGCAGUUGGAUUGAAAUAGAAAGCCAGGUUCAUGUUUUCAUGGUAAAAGAUAGGAGACAUAUGCGGAAAAAAGAGAUAUAUCUGAUAUUGAAUACACUAACUAAACUGAUGAAGCUCUCAGGCUAUGUCCCGAAUGUUGGUCAUUUGACUGCUGAUGAGGAGCAGGCCAUGUCAGAUUCUUCCUUAUCUGAAGAAUUAGAAGAGCCUAUACUUGCUGCCGUUGCAUGAUGUUCAAAGUGACUUAUGGAAAAUGCUAUCUUCCUGUACCUCUCUAGAGAGAGUAUACAAAAGAUUCAUAUAGUCAAUCCCCACUAAUUUGUGAGUGAAAAGCUUCAAAUCUCAUCUGUCUCUUCCCAGUAAUCUUGCCUAGGGAAGUAAAGUCCAAUGUAAUGCCAGUGACUUUCAGAGAUCAGGGGUGAUCUAGUGAAUAAGCUAUGGGUUUUUCUCAUCCUAGUAACUUUGGUUUAGCCCCUAUAGAUGUAUUUAAAAAAAUAACUGGAUUAAUUACAAAUAAUAGAUUUGUAUUUGUCUAGUAGAAUAGAUCGGAUGUGGUAGAAUGGGAAACCCAAACUAAUAAAGUUCAAAUCCCGGAUCCACCUCUAAGGUGCACGAUUGAUUUGCUCUCUUUAAGUUCAUAUACCAGUGUAUCGUGAUUUCUUAUUAGUAUUAGAUUUCUUUCCCUUGAA